CCCCUUCUUCUUCUUCUUUUUUUUUCUGAUCAGAUAUGGGGUUCCCGCAGAAGCCUCAAGUAGAUGGAGGACUAGAAUCAGAGGGGAAGAAGUGGGUAAUCGCUGGAAUUCCAUUACGAACUCCGUUAAGAAGUAUAAGAACCAACAAGAAGGACGACGGAGAUAACGAUGAAGACGAGUGCUCAACGACACCAACUUCCGAAGAAGCAAGGAUACCAGAGAGGUUGUCAUGCCCACCUGCUCCAAGAAAGCGUAGACCUUCAAGAUGCAAUUUCAGUGGUGUUAGGGAGUUCUUUACUCCCCCAGACCUAGAAUCUGUCUUCAUUCGCCAUGUCGAGAGGGGUAAAUGAGUUGGGGCGUUCAAGCUUCUGCCCCUUGUUGCUUGUUCUUCUUUUUUUUUCUUUUUUCUUUUUUCUUUUUAUUCUCCUUCUCUUUUAUCUUUGUUCUUUAUAGGGAGCAGAGUUGAUGUACAAAAUUACAAUUUAUAAGAAGAAUGAAUUUUAGUUUGGGUAUU